CACGGUAUAAGCACGAAAUUAUAAUUAUGUAAGUAAUAGUGUUACAGGAUGAAAUCGUUAUUGUUAUUCGCUUACAACAAUUUGUUUUUGACAUGCCUCUUUUUUUCUUCGGGAACUUGUUUUCGAGACAGAGAGUCCUACCCAACCAUCCAAGACGUAGUCUCUUUCAAAACACCCCAGCAGACAACACAGGAAACUGAAGGGAGCGAACUUACCAUAGACAUCGAAAAAUUGGACAUACAUCGAAUAAAACAAGAUGAUACUGCGUUUCGCAAUCAACUCACGCGCGGUCAAGGUGAUUUAUUCCUACAAGACGAAGAGAUGCCUAUAGACACUAGACGAGUGCAGAAAUUUACUAACCUUGAAACAUAUGUCCAGGCUUACAAAAUUCAAUUCAGGACGAAAAUGGCAGACGUCAUGUUGCAACUUGUUUACAUGGCUCGAUCGAAAAUACAAAGCUUUGAAAGGCAAGGAUUUAUCAACAAGGAAUCAUCCGAGUACCGUGUGGGCUUGGUCGUACGGAAAAUGGACACUUACCACUAUAAGGCUCGUAGGUAUCUUACGAUCAUGGUAUCGAAGCAAAACGAAGGAAAAUGGAAUACGGAGAGCACAUCGAUUCUAAAUUUACAUCACAAGAUUGUUAUGAUGCACCAAGAUUUCAUGCACCUAUUCUACGUACAAAUGAGAUUACAUGAGAGAAUUACGGUGAUAGAAGGGAAACCUAUACACUCUUACACUGAAACUUAUCCGACAAGUACCUCCGACAAGUAGUCGAUAAUCCAAUUUGAAUUUGUAAUCGUUUUUAAAUCUUCGAAGACGAAGUUAAGCUGUCCAAUUCAUCAAACACGAAUAACAUUGAUUUACGUACAGCCUGUAAAUUUGGAGGGAACAACAUAUGAAAUAUAAUUUCAUGGUUCA